CUGUACAUAGACGUUAACUACUGGCCGAAGCCUGAGUCCCAGCAUCUGAAUGGGAGCUGAUAGAUACACAAUGAGGAUUCAGACGUUCGCACUUUUUUUUCUUCUGUUAUUGGGGGUUAAAGCUGUGAUGCGGAUCCCCCUGAAGAAGUUCCAGUCAAUCAGACAUACUCUGAGUGAACACAUGACCAUAGAGGAACUCAGAAGCAGAUCAGUGGAAAAUGAAGUUCUGAACCAAAGGCUGGAACAGGUCCCUGAAAAACUCAUCAACUACUUGGAUGCCCAGUACUAUGGUGAAAUCUCCGUUGGAACCCCUCCACAGAAUUUUACUGUCAUUUUUGACACAGGUUCCUCUAACCUCUGGGUGCCGUCCGUCCGCUGCUCCUUCUUUGACAUCGCCUGCUGGUUUCACCGAAAAUACAAUUCUGGGGCAUCCAGCACCUUUAAAAAGAACGACACAACAUUCUCAAUUCACUAUGGAACCGGGAGCCUUGAAGGAUUCUUAAGCCAAGAUACAGUCACUGUGGGUAAUCUGCGUAUCCAGAACCAAACGUUCGCAGAGGCAGUGAAGCAGCCUGGGAUUGUGUUUCUUGCUGCCCGAUUUGAUGGUAUUCUUGGACUGGGGUAUCCUAGUAUAUCUGUAGAUGGAGUCCUUCCCUUUUUUGACAAUAUGAUGAAACAGAAACUAAUGGAAAAGAAUGUCUUCUCAUUUUACUUGAAUAGAGAUCCAGCUGCAACUGUUGGAGGGGAGCUUCUCUUUGGAGGCAUGGACCCUAAAUACUUCACAGGAGAUUUUCACUAUCUGAAUGUAACCCGUAUGGCUUACUGGCAGAUCAAGACUGAUGAAGUCAGAGUUGGUAGUCAACUUACUCUCUGCAAAGGUGGUUGCCAAGCCAUAGUGGACACUGGGACUUCUCUGAUUACAGGACCAACUGCAGAAAUCAGUGCUCUGCACAGAGCCAUGGGUGCUUUUCCACUUUUGGGUGGUGAGUAUAUGGUGGACUGUAGUAAAAUACCAUCGCUGCCUGUUAUUUCUUUCAUUCUGGGAGGAGUACAGCACAACCUUACAGGAGAAGAGUAUGUCCUAAAGAUAUCGAAGAUGGGCAGAAAUUUGUGCCUCAGCGGAUUCAUGGGUUUGGACAUCCCCCCACCUGCCGGACCAUUCUGGAUUAUUGGGGAUGUCUUUAUUGGGAAAUAUUACACAGUGUUUGACCGAGACACCAAUCGUGUUGGCUUUGCAAAAGCAAUUUAGAAGAGGAACCAAG